AUGCUACGGGUUAUGAAAGCUUUUGUAGCGAUUUUUUUUCUGGCACUGGGAGCAGUGAAUGCGCUUUCUGUUCAUGGCUUGAAGACACUUGUUAUUUAUGAUAAUAGAGUCACUGAUUUGGAUAAUUACAGCAAAUUCCUAGAUUCAUUGAAGCAACGUUCAUAUGAUAUUCAAUUAGCUUCUGUGAAUGAAGAUGCUGAAGUUCUUUCCUUAUACAAUAAUGAUGAAAGGUUGUAUGAUAAUUUGAUUAUAUUCCCAUUGAAAACCAGACAAAUCUCAAAGCAGAUUUCCACCUCGAAGUUAGUUCAAUUUCACACCGAAGGUGGUGAUAUUAUGGCUAUCACGUCCCCUGAGGGUCUUGUCGAUCCAGUCAGACUAUUUUUGAACGAAUUGGGUAUCUAUCCAAGCCCUAAGAAUUUCCUGCUCAAGAAUUUCAAUGAAAACGGCCCAUCUGGUUCCCACGAAAUUUCCACCUCAAAUAUCUUAAACAGAUACGUCUAUGAUGGCUCUAGAGAAUUUGAACUAAACUAUGAAGGUUCAGCAGCUUUGUUAGAUAACGGUGAGUACAUUGUGGAGAUUUUGAGGGCUCCAAGAGAAUCCGUUUGCAAAGAUAUCAACAACAAGGAAGAGGACUGGUCAGUUGGUUCUCAAGGUCAUUUGAUUGCGGGCUUUCAAACGUUGAACAGCGCCCGUACUACUUGGAUUGGAAGCUCGCAGUUCUUUGACGAUGAGAACUUUUCAACCAAUGGACCCUUCAUCGAGGAAUUGACUAAAUGGACUUUCAGGGAAAAGUCGGUGAUCAAAAGUACCGGUGCAGUCCAUAACCAUGCAAGCGGUGUUUCAUUUGAAGAAGUUCCUUACAAGAUCAAAGACGAAAUUGUGUAUGAGAUUGGUUUGAGCGUUUGGGAUGGUGCUAAAUGGUCUCCGUUCACAACUAAUGAUGUGCAAUUUGAGCUAAGGUUGGUGGAUCCUUACUAUCGUUUAACAUUGAAUGCCAGUAGAAGAACAGAAGACACACAAUACUAUAGUACCGGUAAUUUCAAGUUGCCAGACCAUCACGGUAUGUUUACUUUCUUGACUGAUUAUAAAAGAAGUGGGCUAAGCUUUAUCACUGAAUCAGACACCAAAGCUAUCCGUCAUCUAGCAAACGAUGAAUACGCAAGAAGUUACGAAAUCACAAAUUCAUGGGUGUAUCUAACAGCAAUCGGAUCUGUAAUAAUUUCUUUCAUUCUGUUUGUGGCUUUCUUUAUCGCUUCAUCCAGCAGUCUACCGGUUGAUUCUGUCAAGAAACAACAAUGA